AGAGGACUGAGGAUGGCUGGAACUGCCGGCGGCCCCGGCGGGAGCUGCAGGACCCGCGGCCGGCUACAAAGGGAAUGACGGGGCACUUGGGGCGAUAGAGACCCGACAGAACCCGCGUCCUGUCUCUGGCCCAACAUGGCUGGUCUCAUUAAGAAGCAGAUUCUGAAGCACCUGUCCAGGUUUACAAAGAAUCUCUCCCCUGAUAAAAUCAACUUGAGCACUCUCAAAGGGCAAGGGCAGUUGACGAACCUAGAACUGGAUGAAGAAGUUCUGCAGAAUUUGCUGGAUCUGCCCACCUGGCUAGCCAUUACUCGAGUUUUUUGCAACAAGGCCUCCAUUAGGAUCCAGUGGACUAAGUUGAAGACUCACCCAAUCUGUCUGUAUUUGGAUAAAGUUGAAGUGGAGAUGCGAACAUGUGAAGAGCCCAGACCGCCCAAUGGCCAAUCUCCCAUUGCUGUUGCUUCAGGACAGAGUGAAUAUGGAUUUGCAGAGAAGGUUGUGGAAGGUAUGUACAUUAUUGUCAAUUCAAUUACCAUCAAGAUACACUCCAAGGCCUUCCAUGCAUCAUUUGAAUUAUGGCAGCUUCAAGGAUAUAGUGUCAACCCCACCUGGCAGCAAAGUGAUCUUCGCUUUACCCGAAUCACUGAUUCACAUAAGGGAGAGGUUUUAACAUUUAAAGAACUCACCUGGCAGACUCUUCGAAUCGAAGCUGAUGCUACAGAAAAUGGAGAACAAGAUCCCCUCACUACCCCUCUAAGACUUAUUACUAACCAGGGCAAAAUCCAAAUAUCACUUAAGAGAAAGACAAAGGAUUGCAAUGUGAUGGCAUCUAAGCUCAUGUUCCUUCUUGAUGACUUGUUGUGGGUGCUAACUGACUCCCAGCUGAAGGCAAUGAUGAAGUAUGCAGAGUCCUUGAGCGAAGCCAUGGAGAAAUCAGCUCAACAGAGAAAAAGUUUGGCUCCUGAACCUAUCCAAAUCACACCUCCUAUUCCCAGUACCCAACAGUCUUGGCCCCAGUCAUUUGGCAGCACCCAUAAAGCUAUCAGCCAGUAUUUUGAGAUGUAUGAUAUGAAAGAGUCUUCCUAUCACCUUCUUAUUUCCCGUCUGGACCUUCACAUCUGUGAUGAUAGCCACACUCGAGAAACAGGUGCUUCCAAACAUGGCAUAGUGGGAGGUGCAAUGCAAUUAACUUUUAGGAAGAUGGGCUUUGACUAUUAUCCUUUCCACUGGGCAGGUGAUAGCUGCAGACAUUGGGUGCGAUAUUGUGAUGCCAUGGAGACCUGGGAACAAUGGGCAAAAAAACUAGUGAAUGAAUUCCAAAACAAGAUGGGAAAAUAUAGUGAAGAAAUAAGUUCUACCUUCUUUAAAACUGCAGAGAAGGAAUCUCCCUUGAAAAAGAAACAAGAUGCUGUUUCUAGUUCUCCAAAAACUUCUACAGAGAAGGGGUUACAUCAAGCCAGCACACCACCUCAUACCCUGCUAGGACUCCAACGGCCUGCAUGGAAUAGACUCCGAUCCAGUUGCCUGGUUGUUCGAGUUGAUGAUCUGGAUAUUCAUCAGGUUUCUACAGCUGGACAGCAGAGUAAGAAGCCUUCAACAUUACUUUCAUGUAGGAGGAAGUUAUUGAAUCUUCCUGAACAUACCUCAGCAAUCCAUAUAGUUUUCACGGAGUACUAUUUUCCAGACCACACUACUUUUCCAGUCCCAAGUCCAAACUUGUACUUGCAGAUGAAUGGUUUGGUUUUCACUUUUGACACAAGGAGCAUGCUUUGGGUGAAUUUAUUCUGCCUUGAUCUCUAUCGCAGUCUACAACAGUUUAAAGCUAUAUACAAGCUGGAGAGCUCUGGAAAAAGGGAGGAACACAUUGAUAUUCGAUUGGAUGGUUUUAUGUUAAAGGUAAACAUCCCAGUGGACAAAAAAGUAAUUGAUCACCAGGACCGUCCCCAGUGUCUCUCUAUGUCCACAUCGGAAGUGACAGCUACUAAUACAAGGCAUGCACCUCAUUGCAGCUGUUUAGCCCUGCAGAACCUGUUCCGUAGAUUUGCUGCUGCUGAAUUCUUCCAUUCUAGCUAUACCAAAUUCCCUAAAUUUCAGGACAACUUUAGUCUCUUGCAUACUCUGUUUCUACGUCACGCAUACCAGGUGGAUACCAAUGUCCAGCAGCUCACAGAUUUUUGCCACUUUCCUGGCAAAUCUUCCGUUUUUGAAGAUCUUUGGUCUGUUAAUUUUACCCAGGUGUCCUUGGAUUUUGAGGGGACCAAAAGUUCCAAAGGAGAGGCCCUUAACUUUAUCUACCCUUUUCCACUCUGUGUGUGGGCUUGCCUCCCAAAGAAAUGGGAACAAGCCCAGGCAGCAAUGCUGAAAGUUUCAUCUACCUCAAAUGUUAGACUUAAAUCUUCCACGACUUUUAGUAAUCAUACUGAGAACCAGAACUUUUCCGGUGAGGAGCAAUUCUGCCAAAGAUCAAAGACUGAGCAGAAUUUGAGAAGUAUCUACUUUACCCCAGAGGCAAAGGAAGUCUUGGAAGAAAGUUGUACUGUUAAUGAAGAAAGAAAUGAUAAUGAUUUGGAAAUAUCUGCCGAUAUCCAUGUUCUUCUUUAUUCAAGUGCACAUGUGAAGGUGCAACUCAAUCAUUAUCAGUAUUUGAUGCUACUUCGGAUGAAAGAAGUACUACAGACUUUUCAAGAGCAAUUUACCCUAGAUACCCAGGAAAUAACUGGGUCGCCUUUAGAUUCCAUAACCACUUGUAUAGGCAUCAUGUUCAACAGUACUGAGGUAGCUUUGCUAAUGCAUCCUGUUCCUGGUUCUUCACUAGAACCAAGAUCUGUAGAUUCAGAUACUACCAGUCUAGUUGAAUCUGAACUCUCAGCUUCAGAGAGUAGGGAAAGACUAAUUGCUGAAAGCAAAGAGCUGAAGUCAGAUGUUAGCUCCGAGAAGGAAAAUAGUCCCAUCAAAAUGUCAGAAGAUACUGGAACUGAGAAUACAGAUAGGAAUAUGACUGCUUCAAAAAAUGGAAUGCUGAAAUCCCAAACUGAUGGAUCUUUGAUGGAAGAAGAAUUUCAUAGUCAAGUCACUGGACAGAGGAGCCCUGUAGAAGAAGCACAUGAAGCUGAAGAAAUCCCUGAUGCAGAGAAACAGUAUGAGCACGUCAACCUACCUAAGACUUCUGAAGUUCUUCCUUCCAGACCAUCUUCCAUUAUAGAUCCUUUAGGUGGUAUACAUGUUUCUCUUAAUGGGCAAGAAGAGUUGAUUCCAUUGAAAAACAUGGAGUUGGAGUUAUCUAGUGCAUUGCAUAUAACAAAGGAUGCUACCAAGGAAGCCUUGCAUGUUACUAUGGACCUCACUAAAGAAGCCAUGUCAAUAACAAAAGAUGCUUUUAGCUUGAGUAAGGAAAAAAUGGCUUCCACUAUGCAGAAAAUGCUGUUCCACCCCCAAAUUAACAGAGAUCUUUCACCAAAGCCUGAAGAGGCAGCAGUGACUCAAGUAGGAAGUAAUAGUGAAAGUACGCGUUUCUCCUCCAUGAAGAAGACUGCUUCCCAGCAUUCCUUUGAUACCAAUUCGUUAGAUGGCAGUGGUCUUGAAGAUAGACUGUCAGUAGAUAGUGAUGGCAGUGAUGGCUUUGUUAUGCUUAUGGAUUCAGAGCCCAGUCUUGAUCUUCUUACCUUAGGACAAUUUCCCCAGAUGCUUAACGAUAGAGACAUUAGACCAAGCUCAGUGGGAGAUGAAGAAAGAGGAUCUACUUGUGUUAACAGCUCAGCUUCUCUGAGUGGACAGGACCCUAAUACUCAGUUGGUUUCUGUGCUGGUGUUAAAAACGAAUGAAUUAAAUUGUGUCAUAGAAUCAAAGGGAGAUGAUAUGACACUUGCUCUUCAAGUUAUGGAAUUAACUCCUGAACAUCUGGGAAAUAUCAGCAUGUGGCAGUACUUGCAGAACGCUCCCACAGAAGAUCCAAACACAGAGAGGUCUACAACUACUGAAACUAUCCGAACCCAACCUGAGGUGUGCUUACGAUAUGAAAUUGGACCAAGCGCUGCCGUGCACUCACCUCUGGCGGUCCAAAAUGGGUUUUUUCAUAUGCUGAUCCAUAGCUAUGAGGCAGAGCUUCUGACAUCAUCUCUUUCUAGCAUUGGACUCUUCCUUGAAGAUGAAAUCAUUCCUGAAGUUAUUCCCAUGAAGAUUGAGAUUGUGAAUACCAAGAUUACCUUAAAGGAUGACAGUCCUCGAGUGUAUCAUACUGCUCCUGGUCCUGUGCCUAUAAUUUUAGCCAUGGACCACAUUGUUCUUCAUUGUAAAGAUGAUGGAAUAUUCUUUAUAACAGCUGCAGAGACAGAAGAAUCUUCUACCCAGAAAACAGUCCAGAAAAACCUUAAGAAACAGCGUAUUCCAGCACAGAGAGUCUCUAUAGUUUCAGCAGGAAGUGAUGAUGAACCAGAGUUGAAAGCAGCAUUAACUUUGGAGAAAGAGUUACAGGAUACUCAGAGAGCUCUUGCAGAAGCCAAUCAGGACAAAUUACGUCUGCUGCAGGAAAUCAAGAAAUAUGAUCCUCUCUUCCAGCUUUGACAACAAAGACCUGAGCAAGAGAUGCUCAGAGCAUUCAGAAAUUACUACCAGCAUUGAAAAAGUUUACUUGUUAAAAGCAAAGCAGUUAAUUUGUUCAUCUUCAUUCAAGAGCUGCUACUUUGAAAACAGAAGCAGAAUGCCAUUACAAGAGAUGGAAGUGGAGAUGUAGCAAGAAAAUACGUGGGAAUAAGAUGAACAGGAGACUGGAUUUAGUAGCCCAGCUGUGUCUGGAAAACAAAACUGUACUCUAGCUAAAGUGUGGCACUAUUGUCAGUUGAAUAGUGAGAGAAGAAAAUUAUGAUUACUUGAGUUAUCAUAAAGCGGUGCUGAUAAACAUCUUUCUUGCUAUGACCUGUUUCUUAUAGGUAGGUGUUGGGAACAUGCUCACCCUACACCAAAGAAAUUACAUUCUGCUUAGCUCAGGCCUAAUUAGGGAAUUCUGCUGUAGCAACAUGAGUUUGAAAUAGGGAAUGGAGAUAUAGUUACAGGCCUAGCACAGGGAAAAAAAGUGCCCGGAACAGAAAAUACAAAAUCCAUCAUCUUAAUGCUCUCAGAGAAGAGUUGAGGGGGCCCACAAUUUCACAUGAAAUUAUAUUUUCCCUAAUCUCCCUAAUCUCCUUUCUUUAUAAUACUGUAAUCUAUUGAUACAUUAACUUUCCUUGUUCUUAAAGUCCACCUCCUCAUUAAAAUAUAUUUAUAGCCAUUUUGGAGUAUAAUUAGAUGAGAAAGUGCCUGACUAAACAUUUUGUUCUUAUUAAUGAAAUUAUACGUAACUUUAUUUUCCAUAACUCUUAACUAAUAAUGUUGGAGAGGCUUGGAAAUGAGAUAUGUCAAGUCACUUUAGGUCCGUGAUGGUGAAUCUAUGGCAUGCGUGCCACAGGUGGCACGCAGAACCAUAUCUGUGGGCACAUGAGCGUUGCCCUAGCUCAGCUCCAGCAUGCAUGUGUGCACCGGGCAGCUGAUUUUUAGGCCUUCCCAAAAGGAAGUCGUGAAACAUGUUGUUUCCGGCCUCCGGAGGGACUUGUGGGGGAGGGAGGCUGUUUUUGCCCUCCCCAGGCUCCAAGAAAGCUUCUGGAGCCUGGGGAGGGCAAAAAACAGGUCUACUGGGCCCACUGGUAACCUUUUUGCCGUCACGUGGCAAAAGCGGGGGUUGCGUGGGAGGGGGGUUCUGCACCCAUGCGCAGAGGGUCGGGGCAUGAGGGGGCAUUGAAUUAUGGGUGUGGGCACGCACACACGCAACCCCUACUUUUGGCAUGCAACGGCAAAAAGGUUAGCCGUCAUUGCUUUAGGUCAUAUAUUUAAGGAAUCUGUUUGGUAAUGAAUCAAAAACUUUUUCUGCAAGAUGUGGAAUGCUGCUAGAAAUUGUUUUAGCUGCAGAAUCGUUAAUCUUUUUUUGUGCUAUCACUUUUGUAUGAUACUUGGAAUGAAAGAAAAACAAUUUGGCUCUAAAAUGUACAAUAGCAGUGUUUAGUUUUCUUAAAUGUUUCUAAAGGGAGAAUGAUAUAUCCCAAAAAAUGUUAGAAAAGUUAUAUAUUGCUUCCCAAAAUUUAAGUACCCAUAACCAUGCCAAAAUAGAACAUAGAAACAAAUAAUUGCUAAUAAUCUGUUUAUAAUAGACUGUAAGAUUUUCAAUUAAAGUUAUCCAUAGCAUCCAACUGUAACAGAAAACUCUCAUGGAUUUUAAUCUAGAUUUUUAACCAUGUGUAGAAUGCAUUUAAGUUUAUAACCUGCAGUAGCUGCAAAUCAAAUAGAUAAGUGGCAGAAUCGAAAGUGAAAAAAUUCUGAAAGCAUAUCAAAGGCAAAGAUUCCUUUGUUUUGAGUUCAACUCCUGGUGAUUAUUUUGGCAAGUAAAAUUCAAAAUCUGAAUUUAUCCUUGUGAAAGAAUUAGGCCUAGGCCAAGUUCUAGCAGCAUUUCUCACUAAAAUGUAGUUUUAACUUUAACUCUGAUUUUCUUACAUAGAAAAGAAUGAUUUUAAAAAUAUUACGUUGAGUCUUAUAAAUAGAUAUAUUCAAAGGUUUUUUUAGAUCAAGGCAUUAAGGAUAAUAAAAAUCAAUUAAUAUGAGUUGGUAAAUAUCAAAUUGAACAAACUUUAUACUGCAGUACACAUAUGAAUCCAAGAAUGGGAAUGUGCUAUUGGCAUUUUAAAAGCUGCAAUCUACAUGAAAACCAAUGGCAACUCUAAUGGGCUGUAUGAAUAGAAUUAGAAUAGAAUGGACUAAUGAGCUUAGCACUGAGGGGUACUUUUACUAAGCCAGCUCAAAAUUCACAAAACUAUGUGCAAGUUUUUAAGUUGUCCAGAACAUUAACAAAUAACAAAAUAAAAAAGGGGUAGCAAGAAAACAGAUUGGCUGAUUUUGAAGCUCUGGCAUCUUUACUCAGUUAAAUCUUGAAAUAUAACAUAGCAAGGGAUUGUGAAUUUUUAUAGGAUUUUUUUCGAGCAACAUCUUGUCAAAAGAAUAUACCAUAAUGGGUCAGAGUGCAGUUAUUAUAUAAUGUCCUUUAUAGAUUGCAUUUUGUUUUUUAAAAAAUGGAACCUGGUGAGGAUAAUGCGUUUCAGUAAACAGCUGUUUGCUUGAUAUUGUCCAAUUUGUUUAUAAUAAAAUGCUAAAUUUAGUUUAUGCACUACAGAUAAUCUUUGUCUAGUAGCUAGUUCUUAGUUGAAGCACCCACCUGUUACAGAAUUAUCUUUUUGUCGAAUUUCUGCUUUUCUGCCUUGAUUGCGAUAGAGCAGUCAUGAUCUCAUCUUCACCAUGUGAAUUACAAAGAACUUUUUUUUAAAAAGCUGCUGCUUCAAAUAAUUUGUUAGCCUUUGGGGUUAUUUGUAGAAUUGCUGAAGUCUAGGAAGUUUUGCAGCUGUGCUGUGCUUCUGUCAGUUUCUUUAAUUUGAUGGUAAUGAUUUUUGCUUAUAAGAUUGCAUGUAUUCUGAAUUUUGCCUGUUUGCUAUGUAAGAAACAGUUGUUGCUUCUACACUUUUCCUAAGUUAUAUCUGUUACAAUAUUCUAAACAAACCCAGGCUAUGCACUGGAGUAAACAUUAUUCUGUCUCUCCAUAUUGGAUAAUGCCCUAAUGGGACAGGCCUUCUUUAAUAUACUUGCAAAAGCACUCUUUAUCCAAAUGUAUAUGCUUAUUUUUUCUGAUGAAUAGAAGUCUGUGACUAUAUGAAACUGCUGAUACAACACACCAAAAUAACACAUUAAGUGUAACUAUGUUUUCUGUCACCUUUGACAGGAAGGUUGUUAGUGAACGGUGCUAUGUGAAGACAUUUUUUUUCUCUAAAUCAAAUUGUUGAAUAAUUGCCCAAAUAUGUUGAUGAUUUAUUUAAACAUCUAUAUGUGCUCCUAAUGAGUUAAUAAUGAGGCAAGUAUGAACGUUUAUAUUUGGUGCAAUACACAUUCUGUUCACUUAAAGUAACCUUUUCACUUAGAAAUGCAGCAGGGUACAAAAAUCAGUGUAUUUUAUUAUACCAUAAAGUCUUUUGCAUUUUUGACUAAAAUAAUUUUAUCAUGUCUUCCAAUAUAAAUUUGGUUUAAAAUAAGGCAAAAUGUAGAAACAGUAUACUGUGGCAAAUGAUUUGAUGUAGUAUGCUUGUUUCAGUUAGUAGAAACUACAGCUUAUUAGCCUGUUAUGGCAUGAAUGCCUCAGAUGCUUCUGCUAUGCUGAGAACAAUUAUUUAUCUAAACACAACAUGAGAAUUAAGAGGAAACCCACUGAAGCUGACAUUUGACUACAAAAGUAUUUUAGCGUGGUUUCCUCUUUGAAAAUGUUUUCCUUUCUUCAGUGCUGUAUUUAAAUGUAAAUGUGAAGAACAAAACUCUUUACAUGUCAUCAAAAAAUUAAUUUUAAAGCUCGAAGUCUGUAUAACUGCUUCUGUAAUUUGUAACAGGAGAGUAUAUGGGAAUAGACAAUAUGUGGUACAAGUCUGACUUGAAAUCUAAGCCUUCAAUAUAUUGGAUCUCUUUCUCACACAAUAUAGUUUCCUCUUGACUAUACUGGUUCUAUGAACCACUUUUAAACAUUAUGUAUUAAAAUGCUUAACUUCUAUUUCAAUUGAUUUAUUUCUCAGGCUUAGGUUUCUAAGAUUUUAUUUAUAUUAAUUUAUUUGUAUUGAUAAUUGCAAUUAAUAAUAUACAUUGUGAACAUUUUUGAACUUGUCACAAACACUUAAGGGCCUUAUUAAAAUGGCAAGUUUAACAUUAGCUUUAUGAUGCACAACCAUAGUUUUUGGUAAUUCUUUACAAGUAUAGGGCACAUGUUUCCUCGGCCUUGCUAUAAUAGUUAACAAAUUCUCUUAUUUGU